GUUCCAUUGUGUUUUGCCACACUUAUAAAUAACAUCUUACAUUUCAAAUAAAUUAUACACUAUAUAAUGUCUAACAUUCGUCCAUGGUUCCGUCUCUCUAGCAUCGCUAGACCAACAUCACAAGGUUCAAGCGACCCUCCUCCACCUCAACCCCGACCAACCCCUCGCCGUACGGUCGUAGUCAGACCUCCGGCAAAACAACCGUCACCUCCACGUCAGCGACAACCUCCUUCACCUCCACGUCAGCAACAACCUCCUUCCCCUCCACGUCAGCAGCAACAGCCUCUUACCCCUCCACGUCAGCAGCAACAGCCUCUUACCCCUCCACGUCAGAAGGCUCCUCCAGCUUCACCUCAUCAAGAGCGGUCCCCAUAUCAUUCACCUCCAAGUCGCCACAUGUCACCACCGACCCCACCAAAGGCUGCGACACCACCGCCGCCACCGCCUCGGUCAUCAUACACGCCGCCACCAUCUCCCAAGGAGGUUCAAGAAGCCUUACCACCGCGAAAACCAAACUCACCACUGAGUCCAGCUCAUUCAAGUCGGUCUACAUCAUCUGAGUCAGUGAAAACUCGGUCUGCAUCAGAGUCAGAGAAUCAUCGGAAAGCACCAUCACCGAGAGUACUCUCACCUUACUCUCUCCCACCUUCUCAGUUACAUUCGGAACGCGAAACCACUCAGAAAAACAUUCUCACUGCCGAGAAAACAAGCCAAACCCACGAACCAAAUCAUCAUAACCAGAACCAUAACUACAACCAGAACCAUAACUAUAACCAAAACCAUAACCAUCAAGGAAACAACCCCAAGAAGAUGCAUCGUCAACCAUCUUCUUCCGAUUCUGAGAACAUAAUGAGCACACGAGUCAUCACCAUUGCAGGUGAAAACAAAGGUGCUAUAAUGGAGAUCCUACGAUCUCCUCAAGGCAACAAAACGGGAGGUUCUGGAACACAUUCCUCUAGGGUUUCACACGGCACUGGAGAGAAAGGACGUCGACUUCAAAGCAGCAGCAGUAGCAGCAGCGACGAAGGAGAAGGGAAGAAGAAAACAACGAAGAACCCUAACAAUGGCAAUAGUAAUCUCCCCAUGAAAGCUUUUAUGAACAGUAAUGUUCAGAUGAUAAACAACUCCAUUGUUUACAAUUCGACGGCAUCUCAUCAUGAUCCCGGCGUUCAUCUUAAAAUCUCCCGGAAACCUGGCUCCGACAAUGGUUUUCAUGUCAGUGAUUACGGUAAUAAUGGCGGAUACACCAACUGAUGAAAAAGAAGAAUAUAUCACGUUGGGUCUG